AACUGAUUUUGGCAUUAGAAAAAAAAAGUAUAUUCUUGAGAAUGCUUAAAGUAUUUUACAUGUAGACUACAUUUUUAUUUCAGUCAUGACAUGAUGAAGAAGGAAAACAUUUUUAACCAACAAGUGUCCACCCCUAUGAAGCCGUUCUAUUUUUAGUAUCAGCUGUUGCAAUAUAAAGAUUUGCUACAUAGCGGAUUGCAUCGCGGUUAUGUGAGGCGCAUUCCGGUCACGAAGGUAAAAUGAUGGCAAUUAUUUGAGGUAACGGACAGAGAGAGGGAUGAGGAAUAUUUGUGCGUGAAGUGGUUGCUGGAGCGUUCUUUCACGGCAACGGAUAUCAUAUAAUAUUGGUAUAGCCAGCUGCCUGUCGCCAUGGCAACCAGCAGCGCGGUGCCUAGCGACAACCUCCUCACGUACAAGCUGGUGGUGGUGGGGGAUGGUGGAGUGGGGAAGAGCGCGCUCACCAUCCAGUUUUUUCAGAAGAUCUUUGUGUCUGACUAUGACCCCACCAUCGAGGACUCCUACCUGAAACACACAGAGAUAGAUGGACAGUGGGCCAUCCUGGACGUGCUGGAUACAGCAGGCCAAGAGGAGUUCAGUGCUAUGAGGGAGCAGUACAUGAGGACGGGGGAUGGCUUCCUCAUCGUGUUCUCUGUGACAGACAAGGCCAGCUUUGAACAUGUGGACCGCUUCCACCAGCUCAUCCUCAGAGUCAAAGACAGGGAGGCCUUCCCCAUGGUGCUGGUGGCCAAUAAGGUGGACUUGGUUCACCUCCGCAAAAUCACCAGCGACCAGGGGCAGGAAAUGGCUGCCAAACACAAUAUCACGUACAUUGAGACAAGUGCCAAGGAUCCCCCUAUGAAUGUGGACAAGGCGUUUCAUGAACUAGUCAGGGUUAUAAGGCAGCAGAUCCCAGAGAGGAGCCUGAAGAAGAAGAAGAAGAUGAAGUGGCGAGGAGAACGAUCUACGGGUUCUCACAAAGUCCAUUGUGUCAUCUUGUGAUGGUGUCGCCGCUGCUUGCAAUGAUAUACGAGAGAACUGCGGACUGGCAGUAACCAACAACUGGAGGGGGAAUUGGGGGAGAUGAGGAACUGACUGUUGACUGUUACGGUGUCAAAGAAAAUCCCUCACUCCAAGGCAUGGCCAAGUGGGGGUCUUACAGGGGCAUCAUUGUCUGCCCGCUUCCCCUAAUUGGUCAGAAAAAAGCACUCCCGGGAAGAGCUCCUUAUGAACUGACUGAUUUCCAGACAGUGAUGAUGCUCUCCGUGGAGGUGGACAUCAAGGUAUUCUCCUGGGUGGGGAGAUGUGACGUUAGAUGUUGUUAGGGACCUAUGAUCUGAGUGUUUGUGUUGUGGUUGUAAGUUCUCCAUGGUGUUGAGUGUUAAAUUCUGAAAUGAUAAAGAGAAUGAUUAUGAAGUGUUUUCUAUCUGCACUAGCCACAGGCAUAAGAGGAUUUGGCUUUGGGGUCCUGAAGAGAAGUGGGAGGAUGUGGCUGUUAGUACUUUUUAUUUAGUUUUUUCUGGUGGGGAAUCUGGCUUGAGGGGAUCAGUUACUCCAAGCAACAAUAUGUUAGAUUUCUCUGUCUGAUGGGGAGUAUUUAAUACCUAUGAAAUGGCUUGUACUGUUAAAGCACUAAACAAAAAAAACUUUGGGGCUUGUUCAUCUGGGGUGUAUUCAUAACGCCAAUUCUGUUGCAAACUCCAAACGGAAAACCUUUGCACGAAAACUAGACUUUCUAUUGGACAAAUUCAGGUAGGUCCCUCCCUGUUUUGUUCAGUUUGCUUGUUUUGGUUCUUAAAUGGUAAACGAUUUCCAUUGAAAAAAUGUAAUGAAUACACCCCUGGUUAGAAAUUUGCCCUUGAAUGAAGGAAGUACCUUUGCACUUUGAAUAGAUUUUGACUUUCAUAUCUGCAUGUGUGGAAAAAUUGCAAAUGAUGAAAGGAAAGACAUAAUAGAAAUGGACUCAAUGUGGAAAAACUGAGCUUAACAUAAUUAUGUCAAUACCAUGUAGCUCAUUUGCUUGUCGGUUGGACAGAACAGUGUAUACCAGUGGAGGCUGCUGAGGGGAGGACGGCUCAUAAUAAUGGCUGGAACGAUGCAUAUGGAAUGGCGUCAAACACACUGAAACCAUGUAUUUAAUACUAUGCCGUUCCAGCCAUUACAACAUGCCUGUUCUCCCCAAUUAAGGUGCCACCAACCUCCUGUGUUUUAUGCUCUCAGCCCUGGGUUGUGUUCAGUAGGGCACACUGUAGAAAAACAGUUUGCAAUUGAAAACUAAAAUUUACAUUUCUUAUUGAAGUCCAAGUAAUCAAUUCACGUUUCAGUACAUUUUCAUCUGGUACCUACUGAACAUAAUCCUGGAGUGAUCCUGCUGUACUUCACCCAGAGGUACAGUGAAAGUUCUACUUCCCAGGGUAUGAAGCAACAGACAUGGUGUCUUUGGCAGUAUUUUACAAAAAAAAGAGGUCUGAAGAAAUCAAUGAUAUUGUAUCAAGUAUGUUUGAUACUUUUUUAUUAUUGAUCUGAAUUUCUUGUGUUUUUAAAAAAUAAUUAAUAAUUUAUUACUGUACCUGUUACCUCAACAUGAUGUAUUAUAACUGGCUGUGCCUGACUGAGCUAGAGGAAGAUGAGGCACAAACCAAUGGCCACUGCCUUUCUAUCUAGGUUCCUUCAGGGUUUCAAUAAUGAAUAAAGAAAUACAGUAUUGUGAAUUCAAUGAUACUAUCUCUGACUGUGUGUCUGUAUGUGUUCUUGGCUUACUUAACCUCGGAACCAAACAAUCUUUUACAAGAGAUUGUGGUUGCACCCCAAAUUUGCCCUGGACAAACGUAGUGCACUGUAUAGGGAAUUGGGUGCCAUUUUGGACUUUAUGCACACUGUCUUUACAUGUAUGUUCUGUGUAGUGAUGACCAUAACUAAUAUCAGCCGUCAAACCGUUGACUGUUAGGCGCUAAGUGUCCUGCUGUUUGUCUGUUGUAGACUGUUUUAUAAUGAUCUGUAAAAUAUGUAUUAUGACGUGCCUAAAGCAGGUAGCCCAGUGGUUAGUGUUGGGCCAGUAACCGAAAGGUUACAAGGUCAAAAUGUGUCUUUCUGCCCCUGAGCAAGGCAGUUAACCCACCUUUCCCUGGGCGCUGAAGACAUGGAUGUCGAUUAUGGCAGCACCUCUGAUUCAGAGGGGUUGGGUUAAAUGCGGAAGACACAUUUCAGUUGUACAACUGAAUGCCUUCAACUAACCCUUUCCAUAAUACCAGCCUUCAGAGGUGCUUGUUCAGCAGGAGCCCCUGGUAUUAAUCAUAUUGCUGGGUCAGUAGAAUGCUGUAUUUCAAAAUAUUGAUCUCUCCACCCACCAUGGAAUAGAUACAGCCUCUAGAGCUAAAACGGAUCCGAUUGGAAAAUGAAUGUCCUUGUCAUCAGACUCCAAUGAAAAGAUUGAGUGUCACUUUCUUUUGAACUCUCACUGCAAAGAUAUACCUGACUUUCUGGGUGAUAGAACACACUAUGUUCAUUUGAUAUGCAAAGAAAUUAAAAUGUUAUUGUACA